AUGAAAUUAAGGAUAAUCGGCGGAGACCUUUUGAUUGACCCAAAAUUUGGAAAAAAAAUAUGAUUAAAAAUUAAUAAAAUAAAGAGAUUAUUGAGAAUGAGAAUUAUGGAGUGGCUUGUUUAAAAAGAGUCGAUGAUAGAGUAAAAUCUUCACUGUUUGGGUGUGUUAUAUAUAACUCCGGCGCGAAUUGUGAAGAGACAAAAUCUUGCUAUAAUCCCGAGGCCAAAAUCUUUCUCUUUUUCUUUAAUCACUCACUGUUUUGGUUUUUAUUUGUUUUCACAAAAUAAAGAAUCAAACUUUGGGAAUUUCGUCAAUGGAGCCUGACGUGGUGGAGAUCCCUCCUCCUCCUCUGAUCGCUUCGGGCUCUAGAACUCGUAAACCCAGAAAGGCUGUUCCUGAAGUGAUUGAUGUGGAAAAUUAUGAAUUCCGGAAUGUUGGUGGUCUUAAUGGUGGUAACAAUGUUGUUGAUAAGAAGAACAAAGGGAAGGCAAUACAAGUUGACUCCUUUUCUUACAACAACGUUCAAUCUCAUCAUCCUGGAUCUUCGCCGAUUAACUUAGAGACGGUCCAAGACUAUUAUGGUCAUAAGAAUAACCCUUUUAGUCAAUUUUCUAAUCAACCAAUUGAUGUUGAUGACUACACAAUGUUUCAAGACGUUCUAGAUCCUAAGAAUGUCCCAGCCGGUGCAGAGGUGACGACAGUACCUUGGGGUUUAAAUUCGAGCAGUAAGGGAACAGCGAAAUCAAGUAGAAGCAGUUUGAGAAGUCAAUCGAUGAAAGAGUAUGGAACCUCAUCUCUGGCAACUACUCAUGUUCCUCAAUUAUGGGAUUAUUCUUUGCCUCAACAGAAUCAGCCUAUCUAUUCUUCUGUAUCGUUUUCUGUGGUUCAACCUCAGACUCCUGAUGUAUUGAUGGUCCCGAAUCCUACUCCAAACCCUUUUAGAUUUGAUGCUUCUGCUAGUUCUUCUCGCCCUAUAGCGGCUGGGCCUAUUUCUUCAGUUCAGGAUUCUUCCAAUGUCAGGAAAAUUAAGGAAGAGUUUCUGAGGGAUUUUAAAAGAUUUGACACUGUUGAGGAUUUCUCAGAUCAUCACUAUGCAUCUAAGGGUAAAUCUUCAAAGCAGCACUCCAAGAAUUGGGUGAAAAAGGUGCAAGCAGAUUGGAAGAUUCUUGAGAAUGAUUUGCCAGAGGCAAUAUCUGUCAGAGCCUGUGAAUCAAGAAUGGAUCUUUUGAGAGCUGUAAUUAUUGGAGCCGAGGGAACUCCUUACCAUGAUGGUCUUUUCUUCUUCGAUAUUCAGUUCCCAGAUACCUAUCCUUCAGUACCACCAAAAGUUCAUUACCAUUCCGGUGGGCUUAGAAUCAACCCGAAUCUAUACAAUUGUGGUAAAGUAUGCUUGAGUCUUCUCGGUACCUGGGCCGGUAGCGCGAGGGAGAAAUGGCUCCCAAAGGAGUCGACAAUGUUACAGCUUCUUGUCUCAAUUCAAGCACUCAUCUUGAAUGAAAAACCAUACUUUAACGAACCUGGCUACGUACAGAGCGUGGGGACUGCAUCAGGCGAGUCCCAUUCUAAAGUUUACAGUGAGAACGUAUUCCUAUUGUCGUUAAAGACUAUGGUUUACAGCAUGAGAAAACCACCCCAGCAUUUUGAGGAGUAUGUUCAAAACCAUUUCUUCGUCCGGUCUCACGACAUUGUGAAAGCGUGCAAUGCUUAUAAAGCUGGAGCUCCGCUUGGAUCGAUGGUUAAAGGCGGAGUCCAAGACCUUGAACAAGCUAGCCAGAGCGGCUCCAAGAAGUUUAAGACCGAUGUAGCUAGCUUUAUGCAGACAGUUGUUGAUGAAUUUGUCAAACUAGGAGUCAAGGAGCUUGCAGAAAAACCAAAACCACCUGAGAGCAGUGCUAACACAGAGAAUCAGAGCAAUAAAACAAACCGUAAGAGAAGCAGAUCAUCGAGCAUCAAAGAAUUUCUAGCAAAUAUUGGACGCUGCGUUUUUCAGUAGUAUCAAGUUGAAGACUCGAGAAAGAAGACUUGUCGGUGGACUAGGGAUCUAACAUGGAGUAGAAGACAAAUUUUUUUGCCUUUUUCUUUUUACUAUUUUUGAUAUAUGAAUUGCAAUUUUUUUUUUUUCUGGUUUAGAAAAGUGGUUUUAUAAUUGAGAUUCGGUUUUAAAAGGACAAAUGGUUUUUAUAAUUGGGGGUUCACAUUUUUCUGUUCUGAUU